AUACUUGUAUUACAAAUCGUGUUGAGCCAGUUAGAGGCAUAUUCUCAUAUGAAAACGGUGAGAGUUGGUGGGAUUUUUUUUUUUGCAAAGAUUGAUUAAUUAUAAUAAUCAAUUAUUUUUCAGAACGAAUGACUUAGUCGUAAUGAAUUCUGCUAUGUUCGAGGUUGAUUAUUUGGGUUCGUCCUCUUCACUUGGAAUUGGAACUGGAGUGGGAGCUCUACAAAAACCUUUAAAAGUGUUAUACACCACUUAUGUUCAGAAGCAAUCUGCAUCAAAAAUUCCCAAUAUGAAAACUCUUUCUCUCUCUGAGAUGGGUUUGACUUUGUCUGAGAAUGGGAACGAUAUUCACUUUAAUAUGGAUAACAUUAUUCUUUGGGAUGUCGUUCAAUUUGUCAUGUUGAAGGAUAAAAAAAAGACCAGAAUAGCUUUUGAACCACUAGAUACUGAACAAAAUAUCAACAUGAAAGAUAAUCUCUUUACGGUUAUAGACAAAAAGGAAGUGACAAUGUUCUCCAAAGUUUCAAACCAUCCAGCUAUUCUCGCCUUUGUUGCUAGGCGCCCUGCGGGAAUCAAAUCGUUAGACGUUCAUGCUUUCAUAUGUGGUUCAGAUAAUGAUGCAAAAGAAGUACAUGAUAUGUUAAAUCAGCUGAAUUUAAGCAGACAAUCAAAUAACAGGGAAAAAGGAGUUUUUUCCUACAAUCCAUACGACGAUAUGGCUGCUGCAGGAAGCGUUAAGAGUGUUACAGCUGUUGUAACACCACGAGCAAGAUCAGUUCGAAUGAAAUCUUCGCUAUCUACUUCUUGUAUUAAAUUAACUCAAGACGUCUUCAAUCCAAUUGAAGACGAUUUCUAUACAAAUCGCAUCGAAAAAAAUGAAAUCGAAUUUCAACAAAAGGCUUUCGAAUUUAAAGAUGACCAAUACGCCAAUGAAGAAGAUACUACAUAUUGUAAUUUACCUACUCCUGAUCAAGCUGUGUUCAUUAGUACAUUGGCAGCCCAAGAAGCUAUUCGUCGCAAAAGAGAAAAAGCUAGCUACCCCAAACCUAGAAGUUCAUCGCCGGGCUAUGAGAAAACUUUACCUAUACCUAAGUCAUCACCCCCUCCUGUCUCUAUACGAGUUCAUAAUGCUAAAGAUAAGCCAGUAGCAAAGGUCACACCCCGUAUUGGAGUAAAGGUCUUACCAAAAAUGCAAACGACAGAGAAGAAAACAACCAACACUAUGGGUAUAACGGAAUCUAUGUCCGCCCUAAUUGUCAACGAUGAUUCAAUUAAACCGUCGAGCCAAACAAAUUUCGAAAAAUGUUUAGGAUACCUGCCAUAA